GCCUGAAAAUGUUGCAGCUGUGUACAGUGCGGAUUACGGAUGAUGAGUUAGGGUGCCUUCUAUCCAAUUCCUUUGCUUUGGAACACUUGCAGCUUCUACAUUGUGAUGAUAUAAUUCACCUUGAGAUACCUUCCCUGCUGCAGCGGCUCAAAUUCCUGGAGGUGUUUGAAUGUUCGAACCUCCAUGUCAUUGAGAACAAAGCUCCAAAUAUCUCCAGAUUUCGCUUUGGAGGUUAUGAAGAGCAACUCUCACUUGGGGAGUCGCUCAAAAUGAAGAACAUGAUGUUGCACCAUAACUGUGCUAUCAGUCAUGCUGUUGAAAACCUUCCUCCCUGUGUGCCGAAUCUUCUGAGUCUUACCAUAUGUUCUACUUGUGAGAAAAUCAAUGUGCCAGUGGUAUCUAGCAAAUUCCUCCACCUCAAGUUCUUGAGUAUUCAAUUUUUUGGAGGGUACUUCAACCGGGACUAUGAUUAUUUAUUUUUGGUUUCUUAUUUUGAUGCCGCUCCUUCCAUGGAGAAGUUUGUCUUGUAUGUGAAAAGGCAGUGCAAGUAUGAGUCGUUUCAGGGAGAUCCCUCCUCUCUGCGGCGAAUGCCAGACCACUGCCAUAAAAAACUCAAGAGUGUGAAGAUCACUGGUUUCUGCCCCCAAAAGAGCAUGGUUGAGCUGACAUGUCAUAUUCUUAAGAAUGUAAGGUCACUGAAGUCCCUUACUUUGGACCCUAGUCCUGUGAAUAAUCGGUGCUCUGGCAAUAUAUUGAACAAUGGAUGCCCUCCCCUGGAAACUGCAUACAGAAGGGAGGAACAUAGAACUAUCUUGGCUAUAAGAACAUACAUCGAGGGUGAAGUACCUCCUACAGUUACUUUAAGCGUUCUUGAGCCCUGUGCCCGGUGCCAUGCUUUGUGA